AUGAUUUUUGAAUCAACAACUUUAACUAAUACUAUAGACGAAUAUAUUAAUCCCAUAAUUAUUAUAUCCGUUUUAGAUAUUAGCAAAAUUGAUCGAAAUACAGGGGCUAAAUCUUUCGAAACAUUGGCUACUGAAGUUUUGCUAACAAAUGACGAUGGGCGAGAAAAAUUAUCAAAAAAGCUGCGUAUUUAUAAUAUUCAAGUAUCUGAUUAUAUUGAAGUGUCUCGAUCAAUUGGCGUACAAAUUCCAUCACAAUUAAGUACCAUUGGUACUGAACUUCUCAUGAAAUUUCCUGACUCGAACAUAUAUCAAACUUCUGCAACAACAACAAGAAGACAGUCUUAUAAUGCAUCAUUAUCAUCAACAUCAUUAUCAAACAAUAGUAUACCGAGUGUGGGAAUAAUACCAAAUCAGUAA